UCCAUGUGACUAGAAAUAAUUCUAUUGUAGUGAUGCGGAUCAACAAACUCCAGCACACCGACAAUGGUAUCUACCACUGUAAGAACAAGGACUCAUUGAAGGCGACAUGUGGUACUGAACUCAAAGUCAUGGGUAUCAGCACCUAUGAGCAAGUGCAGAGUCGGCACAACGUGAAAGAUGCUAUCAUCUUAAUCCAGACAAUUCUUCUUGUCCUUUUUGUGAGCAUACCUGUGUUGCUAACCCAAGGGAAGGGUGACAGAAAAGAUGCCUCUGGGGAGGAUCAUACUUACGAGGGGCUGACGGUUGAACUAGCUGAUACGUAUGAAGACAUUGGGGUUUACCAAGACAGACCAGAGAAGUGGGAUUUGGGGGAACAUCCAUGUGAAGAAUAAAAUGGCUAGCAGCUUGGUCAACCACAGCUGACUUAACCAAAGGGCCCCAAUUCCUGGGGCAAACAGGGUCCACUGUAAAAAUUCCACUCUAGAGAAGCUUUUAAAAGGUGCUUAUCUCUUGCUUGCAGCCACUCUGCUAGAAACUACUAAAAAGCAGUAUUCACAA